UGGGGUAAAAUGGGGUCUCGGAAAUGUGGAGGCUGCCUAAGUGGUCUGCUGAUUCCUCUUGCACUUUGGAGUAUAACUGUGAAUAUAUUAUUGUAUUUCCCAAAUGGGCAGACUUCCUAUGCAUCCAGCAAUAAACUCACCAACUACGUGUGGUAUUUUGAAGGAAUCUGUUUCUCAGGUGUCAUGAUGCUUAUAGUAGCAGCAGUUCUUCUUGUCCUGGAGAACGGUAACAACUAUAAAUGUUGCCAGAGUGAAAACUGCAGCAAAAAAUACAUGACACUGCUGUCGAUUAUAUUUUCUGCCCUUGGAAUUGCUUUUUCUGGAUACUGCCUGGUCAUAUCUGCUCUGGGCCUUGUCCAGGGCCCCUACUGCCGCACCCUCGACGGCUGGGAGUAUGCCUUUGAAGGCACUGCAGGACGUUUCCUUACAGAUUCCAGCCUAUGGAUUCAGUGCCUGGAACCUGCACAUAUAGUGGAGUGGAACAUCAUUUUAUUUUCCAUUCUCAUAGCUCUCAGUGGGCUUCAAGUGAUCAUCUGCCUCAUCAGAGUAGUCAUUCAGUUAUCCAAGAUACUGUGUGGGACCUAUUCUGUCAUCAUCCAGCCUGGAAUCAUUUGAAUAAGGACAAGGAUGUUUUCCAUUAUCAAGAUGUGGCCAUCUAUCUGUCUCAUGUCUACUGUAGAGACUUGAGGGCAAUAUUCAAAUUAUCCUGCUUUCUCCAUUCAGUGUUUAUUGUUCCCAUCUGUGAAAUUUACAGUCCUCACUGGAAGUGCCAAUUACAUGUCCUUCCAUUUAGAAUUUUUUCCUAAGCAAUAUGUAUCAACACCUUCAGAAAUCUUUAUACCCUGAUUAAACAAAUU